UCAUUCGUUGAAAGAAACUGAAGUGUGAAAAAAAACAAAUAUUGUGUGCGAGUUGAAAGUUUUUUGGUCAAGUUCUUAAAAAAAAUCUUUCUUAAAAUUGUUUGUUUGCUGAUAAUACUUAUAUAAGUACUAAGUGCAAUUAAUCCAGUUAUACUACUAUAUGUCUUACUUUGUAACUAAAGCAAACCAUACCGUAUCAUAUUUAUUAAACAAUGUCAGACCCGGUGCCAGAACAAACUUUACCACAAACGAAUGAUAAUUGUGCCGCAUGCAAUUUCUGCAAGAGCAUAUUUCUUCAACCUCGAAUGGCCGGUGGAUUUAUUGAGCAUUCGAUGGAACUUCCGCUGAUGGUACAGAAAUUCAGUGAAACGAACGCUGUGCAAAAAGAAAAUGUCAAUCAGUUCUGGGCUGUCAAUACGCUAUAUGACUUUGAAAACAUGGGCUUUUCAAACACUGUAGGCACCAUAAAAUACCUAGUGUGUGCAGAUUGUGAAAUGGGACCUGUUGGAUAUUAUGACCUAUCCACAAAGAAAUGCUACGUUGCUCUCAGCAGAGUAACGGAUCAUGACAAAUAAAAAUGAUAACAAUAAAUUUUUAUUUACAAUAUCCUAAAAAACGCUUGCAAAUCUCUAUUUUUUACUAUCAUAUUUUUGCACCAUUAAGUUAUUCAUGAACGCUAGAAGUUAUUUAUGAACAUCAAUUUGUUAUUUUAAAUACUUUGUUAUUUAUUCUCGCUAAUUUAUGAGCUAAUAUAAUUCAUAUUAUAAUUUAAUAUUUGGAUAUUGCAUUUGCUUGACAAGUUUCAAAAUAUUGAGUCACUAAUAGUAUUAUACUUUUUACAAUAUUUUCACAUAUGAUUUUUGUUUCUAGUUUUUGUAUCAUAUUUUAUAAUUUGACAAUUGAAUAGUUAAUAUCAAUUAUAUUAGCCAGUUUAAUAUACGAGGUAAAUCUUAAUUCGUCAUUUUUGUCUGAACGUUUGUAUAGUAAAGCCAAUAUAGGCUGUUGUUUAGUCAUGUAAUAUGUAGGUAAUGCAUUAAUAUCAAAAUUCAUAGGACUUAAAGCAUUACUAUGAAC